GAGCGCCCUCACCUGCCCGCACACCUGUGACGUAGCGGAAAUGGGGGCGUUUCCCGCCAGAUAGCGCUCGGACUUGGCGUGUCUGUCACUCAGUAGUGGUGGGUCACGCCCUGUGUGGAACCUCCCAGUUCUUAGUUCUAUUGCUACACAGGAGAAGGACCCGUUCGCGGAAUCUGCUUGGACUUUAUUGAGGUUGUCCCGCAACUCUAAGGGCCGGCCAAGCUGCGCGAAACUACCGGACCGUGGUGUUGAGGCGUCUUGUUGCUGUCGGGUGAGCUGCUUAUUGUAAGCUGCCGAGAGCGCUCUGUUCCUUGUCACACGGCAGCUGGCGAGGCGAUUACAUGACGGCUCCUUGCAGACACACAGGUUUUGUUCACUGAUCAUUUGCCUAAUUGAUAAGAAACUGCUUAGAGUCCGACUUCACCCAAAAAUAUUCCCUAUUUCCCUGUGAACUUCAAAGAGCUACACUGGAACUUCUGCUAUCAGCCUUGUUGCCACAGAAGGGUUGAAGUGAUGCAUAGCCACAGCAAAAAAAGAUGACUGAAGAACUGCAUAUAUCUGGAGUUCAGCAGCUUUUAUUGCAUAAAUAUUGUUGGUGGAGUUAUCCUCUUUCCUGAGAACAGAUCAGACAGUUUAUGAUGGGUGAAGAAAGAAAUCUGGGUGUCUCCCAAAGAAUGCUGUCUCCAUCUAGGAGCACAAGCAGCUGUUCCUCCAAGCUUGGGAGUCGACAGACCAAUCACAUUCAUCCUCAGAAGACCGUAGAAUUAAUAAAGAACCUAUGGGUAAGAAGAAGGCAGCUAAAAAAACACAACUUGUGCUUAGCCUGUGACAAAUCAGCUUUGAACACAAAGUCAUUGUGUGGAGAAUGCCUUCAGAAAGCUGGAAAUGAUUCCAGCUCCAGAUUUCACACUCCGUGGAUGGAUAGCUGGGAGAUUGUGGAAGGCCUUCGGAGUAGCACAAACUAUGUUCAGGAACCUGAGAAGCAAGAGGGGUUCCUUCUGAAGAAGAGAAAGUGGCCACUGAAAGGCUGGCACAAGCGCUAUUUCUUCUUGGACAAAGGAAUUUUGAAAUAUUCCAAAAGUCAGGCAGAUAUGGAGAGAGGCAAGUUACACGGCUGCAUUGAUGUUGGGCUAUCUGUUAUGUCUGUGAAAAAAUCCACAAAGUGCAUUGAUCUUGAUACAGAGGAACAUAUAUACCAUCUGAAGGUGAAAUUUCCAGAGGUUUUUGAAGAGUGGGUGCUGAAGCUUCGGGAUCACAGACUUUAUCGCCAGAAUGAAAUAUCUGUCUUUCCCCAUGACCUUAAUGCUCCGUUCUUCCCAAUGAUCUCAACCACAGAAUCUGCUUCCAGUGCUUUUGAUACUGUUCCCAGUCCUCAGGAUUUCAAUAGAAAGAAUUCGCUGAAGCUUGGUAACAAUCUGCCAUUCUCUUGUUUAAAUAAUGAGACAAGGGUUCCAGCGUGGCUCCAGUCUUCAGAUGAAAUGGAGAUAUGUGCAAAAGAACUUUCACAGUGUCACAGUUAUAUAGUGGAAAUGAGUAAUCUCUUGCAAAACAUGGAGGUUCUUCACAGGACAUAUUCAGCACCUUCCAUAAAUGCCAUUCAGAUUGGCACCAUAGAAAGCCCUAAAAAAGAAAAAGGGAUACACAGGAGAAAGUGGAGGUCAAAAGGAUUGAAUAAAGAUUCCAAGGGAUCCUUACAGGUUCCUUCAGCUUUCUCUGGGGUUAUGAGACUACAUGCGUCCAACCCAAAUUUAUCAACUAUAGAUUAUGCAGAGGAAAAGCAAUACUCGGGUGGCUCAGAAAAUUCAGAGGUCACUAAGAUGCAAGACAGUCUGUGUCAUAUUGCAAACAAAGCUUAUUUCUCUUUGAAAUCUGCUUAUAAUACCGUCUUCUCAGAGAGGGAAAAACUGAAGCAGUUUCUAGAACAUGAUUCCUCCCCAUCUGCUCCAAUUGCUGGCCUAAAGAAUGCAUUAUCCUCGGACAGCCCAUGUGAAGAAGGAAAGACUCUAGUUCAUCAGAUGUCUAACGAGAGCCGCUUGUCAAUCACAGACUCCCUCACGGAGUUCUAUGAUGCUCAGGAAGUGCUGCUGUCCUCGAGCUCAUCUGAAAAUGAGGUGUCAGAUGAUGACUCGUACGUCAGUGAUAUAAGUGAUAACGUUUCAGAGGAUAACCUGAGCAAUGAUAUUGACAGUGAAAGACUAUCAUUAAAUGGUGGCUCUGUAACAACAGUGGAUGGUUGCUACAAGCACAGAACCUGUCUUCUUGCUCCAUGCCCAAACACAAGCAACAUAAGUUUGUGGAACAUUCUUCGGAACAAUAUUGGUAAAGACCUCUCCAGAGUAUCUAUGCCGGUGCAGCUGAACGAGCCCCUGAGCACACUGCAGCGGCUUUGUGAAGAACUGGAAUACAGCAGUUUGCUGGACAAGGCAGCACAUACUCCGGACCCAUUUGAGCGAAUGGUCUAUGUUGCUACAUUUGCAGUAUCUGCAUAUGCUUCAAGCUUCUACAGAGCAGGCAGCAAGCCUUUCAACCCUGUUUUAGGAGAGACAUAUGAAUUUAUCAAAGAAGACCAAGGCUUCAGGUUUAUAUCAGAGCAGGUCAGCCACCACCCACCCAUAUCUGCUUGUCAUGCUGAUUCAGAAAAUUUUGUCUUCUUCCAAGAUAUGAGGUGGAAAAAUAAGUUUUGGGGAAAGUCUAUGGAAAUUGUUCAGAUUGGUACAACACAUUUGAUCUUACCUGGGUUUGGAGACCAUUAUGAGUGGAACAAGGUGACAUCUUGCAUCCAUAACAUUCUAAGUGGGCAGCGGUGGAUAGAGCAUUACGGGGAAAUUAUUAUCAAGAACACCAAAAGUGACACUUGCCAUUGUAAAGUAACAUUUGUAAAGGCUAAAUAUUGGAAUCCAAAUGUGCAUGAAAUUGAGGGGACCGUCAUGGACAGAAAUGGCAAAGUGGUACAUCGGAUCUUUGGAAAAUGGCACGAGAGUAUAUUAUAUGGUUCUCCCUCUGCACCCACUUGCAUCUGGAGAGCAAAUCCAAUGCCUAAGGACUCAGAGCUUUAUUAUGGGUUUACCAAAUAUGCUUUUCAGCUGAAUGAAAUGGAUCCAAAAAUUAAGUUUUCUCUGCCAUGUACUGACACUCGAUUUAGACCAGACCAGAGAUACCUUGAAGAAGGAAAUAUUGAGGCAGCUGAAAUGCAAAAAGAAAGAAUAGAACAACUGCAAAGGGAAAGGAGGAAAGUCCUAGAAGAAAACAAUUUGGAGCAUCAACCUAGAUUUUUCCGGAAAACUAGUGAUGAUUCAUGGGUGACAAAUGGGACCUACUGGCAGCUUAGAAAAGAUCCAGGAUUUGCUAAAAUUGACUGUCCUGUAUUGUGGUAAAAGGCAUUACAUUCAAUCAAGUGCUUGUACAGACAGUACACAAAGCCUAUAGCAAACACUCUUUAAUCUCAGCAUUGGAGAUACAGUUUUCUGACCUAGAGCUGAUAUGGUCUAAUAAUAAGCUAUGAUUUUUAGUAUAUCCUGGCCCAAGAUGUUGACAUGAAAGGAAGUAGUUCUGCUCUUACCAAUUAAAAAGCAUGAAUGCAUUCUGUGUCUCCUUCCAGCUUCUUAACUACAGUUUUGAGCACCCACUGAUAACCCACAGCUCUCUAGCAUGCUAGAAGCUUCUGUUCAUUCAAAAAUGAAGUUAAUUAACAGUGCUCUGCCAUUUCAGCUUUAAGAUUCACUCCAUCACAAUUGAUGCAGAAACUGUGGGACAUAGGUACUGACUUGGGGCUUGCCUUUCUUCCUGGGAAGUUUAGACCGUUAUGCUGUCUGUAUUCAUUCGCUAGCUUUCCUCCAAUGCAGCACUGGGCAGAACCCAACGCAACAGGCCAACUUUCCUUAGGUUGAUGCUUAGCAUUAACAUUUAUUCAGGAAAAAGCAGCAAUUCCAGUUUCCGCUUCUGAACCACAGCCAUUACAUCUUUGCUGGAAUUUGUAGUUCUACUCCAUCGAGUGUGGAAAGGGUUUUCUUUAUUUUCUGUGUCUAAACACGCACAACUUUGCUAAGCCCUGUUUCCUCUCCAUUUUUAAAGAAGCUAAUAGCAACCUCGGUAGUAUGUUGAAUCCUUCUUAAAAACUUCUACAAUUUUCUUUUGAUCACACAUUUUACUGUCUUAAUCCAGUGCUAAUUUAUUGUUCUAUUAUUUAUCAGUCUGUUAUAAAUAUAACAAAUGGACAUCUAUAUCUAUUUAAAAAGAGUAUUUGAUGAAAGAAAUAUAUGUACACACAUCCCUGUGUAUAUGUAUUUAAGAGAGGAUGAUGUGGCUUUUUUAUCUUUACUAUAUAAAAUGUCACCUAUUGCCUUUGCUGACAAUGAAAAUCAUGUAAAUAGCCUUGUUUUCAUGUGUAUGUUAGUCAUUAACUAAAAUCACUUGGUGGGUGUCUUUUCUUUGCACUUAAGUGCACCUUGCACUUUGCCUCUGUCUUUUGUUGCUUUGAAGAUAGGGAGUUGUUUCAUGGAACAACUUGAAGUGGAAUUAGUAUGUGGUCCCUUUACCAAAGUAAGGCUCUUUAUUGUAACUUAGGACCCUUCAAGAAACAAGGAGGUAAAGGUUCAGUCUCAGGUCUUUUUUAUGCCUUUAUUAGGGAACCAUACAGCGAACUUUGGGCCCUAAAAUUAAAAUGCUAUGUUCAAGGGAGCAGAAGGAUAUGUUUGAAGCGGAUUCAAACUUAUUGCACAACUGCUCCACUGAGGUCCUUAAUAGGAGGGGAGGAAUUAUACAUAGCCAUAGCUAUAAAGUAACAUUUCGGGAAUCACUGCUAUUAAUAUUAUUUACUUCUUUUAACAGGGUAAUAUAGAAUAUUAAUUGUUAGAGUUUAUACUCCAUUUAGGGCGUUUAUAGGCUGCCUUAUAUCAUACCUAUAAUGACAUAUUCUUCAUAGACCAUAAUAAUGCCACCGGUGAGCCUGUUGCUACUGCAGUCAAUUGAGAGUGUUUCAGCUGAGGCAACCAGUACAGCAAUUCCUAAGAUGGAUAUAGGAUAAAGCUUCCAUAUAACAUUGUUCUCCUAGUAAUUGUUCUUCCUAGUUUCUGAUAGUAUUUACUGUACAGACAAGUAUUCUGGUGGAUGAACUGCACGGGUGGUCACAAGACCAUGAUCAUUUUAUUUCUUGGAUGAAUGUUAAGACUUUCUAUCCAUUUUAUGCUGUACACUGUCACCUUUUGAUAUACUUUGCCUUGUAGUUUAUGACUGCAUCUUGUCUGUUUUAUAAUGAGCAAUUCUGUCAAAUUAAUAGCACAAAUACAUUCCCUCCUGUUACAUCAUUUGAAAAUAUGUAAACUCUUUGAACUCUAUAGGACAAUAAUAAAAAAAAAAACUUGAAUGUGCUGAUGAAUAUAUAUAUAUAUAUAUAUAUAAAUAUUUUUUAUUUUUAAAUAAAAUAUAAUAUAAAAGACCGUGGAAAACAACACAGGAAAAAGUCUUCCACAAUUCACCAAUAAUAUCUAUAGCCUUAGUUUUUAUUAUGAAAUAUUUUAACCGGAUAAGCUGCUAUAAAGAAGUGACUGUAGAAGAAUACCAAAUUGCAGGAAUGUCUUUUGAAACUUGCAUGGCUGUUUUGUGUAAAUAAACUUUAUUUCACAGGAA